AUGGGAAAGUCCAGACGAAACAGAGGCGGCCAGAGCCAUCGCAAGGACCCCAUCGCCAAAACCGUCAAGCCACCGUCUGACCCUGAGUUGGCCGCUCUCAGAGAGAAGUCCAUUCUGCCUGUCAUCAGGGACCUGAAGAGCUCCGAGCCCAAGUCCCGUACUGCCGCCGCCGCCGCCGUCUCUAACAUCGUCACCGACGAAAAGUGCCGGAAACUGUUGCUGCGCGAGCAGAUUGUCCACAUCAUCCUCAAUGAGACCCUGACCGACUCAAAUUUCGAGAGCCGCGCCGCUGGCUGGGACAUUCUGAGGGUCAUUGCCGAGGAGGAGGAGGCUGAUUUCUGCGUCCAUCUCUACCGCCAGGAUGCUUUGAGCGCUAUUGGUUUUGCCUCUCAGACUAUCUUGGAAAACCUCGCCAAGGGCUCUACCUUGAGCAAGGGCGAGCUCAAAGUCACUUGGACCAUCACCGAGUCAGUUGUCGCACUUUUGUCUGCCCUUGCCGAAGCCCAGGAUGAGAUCCUCGAGGCCAUCGUCGCUAUCGAGGGCAUCAAGAACCUUCUCUUCACCAUCAUCGCUCACAAAGACUCACCUUCGAGCAUUUGCCUUGAUGCCCUUUCUGCCCUCCUCACCCUGUCUGAGGACAACCGCCGCCUGGCCGAGGAUGUGGUGGCCGACGAGAGCCCCAAGCCGCUGACGGCUUUGACUAAGCUGCAGGCAACCCCUGAUGCCAAGGGUGUUCUGGCCUGCGGCGUUUUGCACAACAUCUUCACUACUUUGGAAUGGUUCGAUGGCACACCGGGACAGAAGAGCCUCUCCGACGCCGCUCUUAUCCCGACUCUGUCCUCGGCACUCAAGGACUCCAAGCCUGAGGCUGACCUGCCCCCCAAGAGCCAGUGGUCCAACCCGGCCGAGGUCCUCCAGCUCGCACUGGAGAUCCUUGCCGACAUUGGUACCACCCUUCAAGUGUCUAUGCAGGGAGGCAACAAGAAGGAAGGAGAGGAAUGGAACGGAAUUGGAGAUGACACUGCCAUGGACGAGGAUGAGGACAAGGACGAGGGCAAGGACGAGGACGAGGACAAGGGGUCUGCUGAGGAAGACAACGCCGAGGAGGAGGAUGACUCGAUGGAUGAGGACGACAUGGCUGACAUGGAGAUGGUAACUGGCGCCGACGACGAUGUCGAGGACCAGGCGAAUCUCGACGACCUCCCGACACUGCGCGAACUGAUACAGCAUGCCAUCCCGCAACUGAUCGAGCUCGCCACCAUCUCUGCACAGUCCGAAGAAGCCCUCAGGAUCCAAGACCACGCCUUGUCCGCUCUCAACAACAUCGCCUGGUCGAUUUCCGUCUUUGACUUUGCCGACGAUCACAACGCCGGCAUCCUGAAGGCGUGGACGCCGUCAGGUAAGGCUCUCUGGGGCAAGGUCAUUGUCCCCAUUCUCGCAGCCAACACCGCCGACGUCGGCCUCGCAACCCAGGUUACCAGCCUGGCUUGGGCUCUUGCCCGCAGCCUUGCGGGUCAGGUGCCCCUGACCGGCGACGAGCACAAGAAGUUCAUGGCGCUUUACCAGGCGACCAAGAACCUCCCCAAGAACGGAGCGAACGGUGCCGAUGAUGAGAAGCCCAAGGACGAGGAGCCGGAAGACCCGUUCCAGGGCCUCGGAGUCAAGUGCAUCGGUGUUCUGGGCCAGUUGGCGCGCGACCCCGCCCCCGUCGAGCUCAACAGGGAGAUUGGCAUUUUCCUCAUCACGGUCAUCACGGCUCUUCCCGAGACCCCUGUCGCGGAUGCGGUCGAGGCUCUCAACCAGCUGUUUGACAUCUACGGCGAUGAGGACCUAGCAUGUGACAAGGAGGUCUUCUGGAAGGACAACUUCCUUCAGCAUCUCGAGGCGGCCCAGCCCAAGGUCAAGGCCAUGAUCAAAACAGUCGACAAGAGGACGUUGCCAGAGCUGCGAUCUCGCGCUGAUGAAGUUGUCCUGAACCUUGGACGUUUCAUCUCGUACAAGAAGAAGAACCAGGUUUAA